UACAAUAAAAUGGAAAAAGUUUCAAAUGCAUUGAUUGACAAAGUAAUCGAUGAUCUUUAUAAAUCAAAAGAAUUAAAGGAAGACUUUAUAUCACUACUAUAUUCAAUAUUUCAAGAUACAUUAUAUGAGGCAUUACACAUUACAGAAAAUAAUUCAGGUAUUAAAACUAAAAACACAAUACUUUGAAAUAAAGAGAAAAAAGAAAGAAAGAAAGAAAACUCAAUUUGAAAUGUGUGCAGUAAAGAAAUAUCAAAGUGAAUCUGGUCGAGUUAUAUAUAGAGUUUCUGAUGCAUGUCUAGAGUUAAAGAAUAAAUAUCGUAAAGAUAUGUUCACUUGUCUUUUAUUACCUAGACAUUGUACAUGCGAUAUCUUUUUAAAGCAAGUUAUUAUUGAAGAUAAAAUGGUUAUGUGUCGACACUUGUUAGCUGCCAUCUUGAGUGACAUUUUGAACAUGUUUGAAUUUGAACAAUUAAAUUAGCAUAGAUGUAUGUUACAGGUGAUAUAUUUUAAUUAAAUAGUGUAUACUUAUUGCUGUAAUGCUUUACUUGCAUCCAUUAUUCAUAUCUAAUAAGGAAGAAAGUUAUUAGCCUAUUAAUAACUAAUCAUUUACCUUUUUUCGACGUGCUUUCCAGAAUCCCUUUUACUUACUUGCUUGAAUUCAAAAAAUUAAAAGAUUAUUUCCUUGAAUUAGCCUCUAU